AUGAAAGUUUUUUGCUGGACCCGAUUUUACAAGUUGUUAACUCCGGGAGUAGGUUACAUCCUCGGUGCAAUUACAGAGCGCCGACGACCAGCAUACCUUGGGAGAGGCUGCAAUCAAACGAAAGGGUUGCUCAAAAAAGUCUACAGAGCAGUCAUAAAUGCAUUUCACCAACUGAAUGAAUCAGACGUCGACUAUGAUCACCCACUAGCUAGUGGAAUAUUUGAUCUCACGAUGAGGGGUGAUGAACAUGCCACGCUACUUCCAGUGGAGAUACGGAAAUUGUUGGUGGAGGCGAAGAACCAUAUCCGUGACGUGAAGCUCCCUGAAGUAAUUCAGGGUAUGAUUGAUGAAUUUAUGGCGUCGUGCAAAGGGUUGCGAGGUAAUGUCAAUGUAAGAAGUAUGCCUCGAAUCAACAAUCCGACGUACGUAGAUAGUGGUAAUGAAGAGGUUGUCCAAGUGGUUGGUGACCUGCUUAUGGGAUUGCGGAAUAUAUGGACAUGUAGGCCUCCAAUCCUGCUCACCAAUUACAGUGAAAUGC